UAUGCAGCGAUGUUGAUACUUAAAGUUAUUUGAGGACAAGGACGUUUUGGACUGUUAGUAGCAAAGUUGCAUUAGCUUUUGUCUGUCCACAGUUUGUCUCUGUGGCUGCGGGAUUAUCGGGCGGUGCAGCGGGGACAGGAAGAGGAAGAGAUCGGCGGGGAUAAUGUUAACUGCUUUGGUUUGUGGAGCUGUGGUGUUUCCGGGACUUUUCUGCAGCUUCAGGAAAAUACUGAAAUACUCGUUCACACAGUGGAGUGAAGCAGACGUGGUUUCUGUCAGUGAGAGGCUGGUGUCUGCCAUCCACGCAUCUUUGGCCACUGCAGCUGGAGUCACGGUUGUGACGUCAUGCAGGGAUGUCAUGACCGACAGUCACUGGCUGGUCAAUGGCUUUAUUCUGUUCGGAGCUCCCUACAUGGCCUAUGACAUCUACGCCAUGUAUUUAAGUCACUACCACACUCAGAGGGUCAGAGGUCACUCCAGUUCAUACAGCGGCCACUCUCUGCAGACAGUGAGGGCUUUUCUAUACAGGGACUGCAUGCUGGUCCUCCAUCACCUGACGCUGCUUCUCAUUUUCCUGCCUAUCGCUCUGUUCUUCAGAAGAGGA